AUGGAGGCGGAAGCGGUGGGAGUUUGUAAGGAUACGGCGGCGUCGGUGGAAGCGUCGACGGUGUUUCCGGGGUUCAAGUUCUCGCCGACGGACGUGGAGCUGAUCUCGUUUUACCUGAAGCGGAAGAUGGACGGCUUGGAGAAGUCCGUCGAGGUUAUACCGGACGCCGAUAUUUACAACUUCGAGCCCUGGGAUUUGCCCGAUAAGUCGAUUGUGAAGUCUGAUACGGAGUGGUUCUUCUUCUGUGCCCGUGGCAAAAAGUAUCCACAUGGGUCACAGAACAGGAGAGCAACCAAGAUGGGUUACUGGAAAGCGACUGGGAAAGAACGUGAUGUGAAGUCUGGCUCUGAAGUAAUAGGAACAAAGAGGACGCUUGUCUUCCACACUGGCCGUGCACCAAAAGGCGAAAGAACAGAAUGGAUCAUGCAUGAAUACUGCAUGAAAGGAGUCUCGCUGGAUGAUGCAUUGGUUGUUUGCCGGCUAAGGAGGAACAAAGAAUUUCACACGUGUACAAGUCAGAAAGCACCAGAGCCAAAUUCAGCAGCCGAGAAGAAGCAUGCGAUCUUGCAAAACGGUGCCACUGGCUCAGAGAGCCCGUCUGAUUGGGACCGCAUGGUUGAUUUCUACCUUGCAGGUGAAUCAGGGGAGAAACUACUCACUGAAAUGGCAGAACCAUCACAAAAUCUGCAGGUGCAUAAUGAUGAGGAUUUCUUUGCGGAUAUCCUAAGGGAUGAAAUCAUCAGCCUCGACGAGACUGUGAAGACAGGGAGCACACCAAACGAAGUGCCAACGCUGGAGUCAGCAUCAAUGGCGAUAAGGGUACUUCCACUACCGAACGUGAUAGACAGACAAAUGGCUUCACUGCUGGAGGAACUACCAUCGCAGGAGAAGCAAGGGAAAGAUAACACCGGCACUGAUUCACUGUCGAGCUGCUUCGUGGGUCUAUACUCGAUCAAGACUGUGAACAGGGCUCGAUGGGAUGUCAUUAUAUGUGUAGUGGCGCUCAUUGUAUUGUUGUUCUAUCUAGAAUAA